AUGGAAAAUUUAUGCAACGUGGUGCAUGGAAUGAGGCCGCUUCUGCUUAUGGUUAUGGGGCAAAUGAUAUCGGCAGGCAUGAAUUUUGUGUUCAAACUUGCAACCAGCGAUGGGAUGAAUUUUAGCAUUUUGACCUUUUAUCGGUCCCUCUUCGCUUCUGUUUUCAUGGUCCCUUUAGCAUUCUUCAUUGAAAGGGGAAAAAGAUCCAAGCUAACAAAGAUGGUUUUAUUCCAAGGAUUUUUGUGUGGUCUACUUGGGGGAUCAGUAGGCCAAAACAUGUACCUGCAAAGCUUGGUCUACACAUCACCAACUUUUGUCACAGCUAUGUUUAAUCUCAUCCCUGCCAUGACCUUUAUUGUUGCCAUCAUAUUGAGGUUAGAGAGGUUGGGUUGGAAUUCAGCAGCAGGUAAAGCAAAGGUAUUUGGGACGAUCGUUUGCAUCAGUGGAGCGAUGCUCCUAUCAUUCUACAAAGGGCCAGAGAUAAAUAUGGGGAAAACAAACAUAAACUUGUUGCGUUCCACACACCAUACGGGAGAAAGUAAGCCUUUACUAGGUGCCCUUCUUGCCCUAGCUGGUUGUACUUGCUAUGCACUAUUGUUGAUUGUUCAGGCUAAGGCGGCUAAGCGAUAUCCAUGUCCUUACUCAUUCACCGCUCUAUUGAACGUAAUGGCAGCAGUUCAAUGUUUUGUUGUUGCAGUAGUUGUGGAAAGAGACUGGAAUGAAUGGAAAUUGGGGUGGAACAUUAGACUUCUUGCUUCAGCCUAUGCGGGGAUUUUUUGUUCUGGAGUACUGUAUACCAUCAUAGCAUGGGUUGUCCGGAUGAAAGGCCCGGUAUAUGUAUCCGUUUUCAACCCUUUGAUGCUUAUUAUGGCGGCAAUUACUGGAUACUUGUUCUUGGAAGAAAAGUUGUUCCUCGGAAGCAUCCUUGGAUCAAUUGUGAUAGUGUGUGGACUAUAUGUUGUCCUGUGGGGAAAAGAUAAAGAAAUCAAGAAACUCAGCCAGUUGGUGCCGGAUAAAGAAGAGAUUGACAUAAAUUCCUCGUCACGUAAAGACAGUAGCCAUGAUGGUAGCAGCAAAAGGGAGGUAAAAGAAGAAGAAGAACAAGAAGAGAAUGUAUCAUCAAGAAAGACAUUUAUUACACAUUUUGCUGACAUGGCAAAUGUGUGCUAUUUCACUCUCUUUGAGCACGAAAAGGAGGAAGGUUAUAAAAUUAAACCCUCCUUUUCUUUCUUGCUUUCUUGGUUUUGUCUAUUCCUCUUCAAGAAACCAUUCAUCUUCCAAAAGAUUUUUUUUUGUUGUUGGAUUCUUGAAAGAGGGAAGGAGCAGAGAAGAUUAAUGGGUAGCAUGGAAAAUUUAUGCAACCUGGCGCAUGGAAUGAGGCCACUUUUGCUUAUGAUUCUUGGGCAAAUUAUAGUUGCAGGAAUGAAUUUUGUGUUCAAACUUGCAACCAGCGAUGGGAUGAAUUUUAGCAUUUUGAUCUUUUAUCGGUCUCUCUUCGCCUCGGUGUUCAUGGUCCCUUUAGCAUUCUUCAUUGAAAGGGGAAAAAGAGCCAAGCUAACAAAAAUGGUUUUAUUCCAAGGAUUUCUGUGUGGUCUACUGGGGGGAUCUUUAGGACAAAACAUGUACCUGCAAAGUUUGGUUUAUACAUCACCAACUUUUGUCUCAGCAAUGUUCAAUCUCAUCCCUGCCAUGACCUUUAUUGUUGCAAUCAUAUUGAGGUUAGAGAGGUUAGGUUGGAAUUCACCAGCAGGUAAAGCAAAGGUAUUUGGGACGAUCAUUUGCAUCAGCGGAGCUAUGCUCCUAUCAUUCUACAAAGGGCCUGAUAUAAAUAUGGGGAAAACAAACAUAAACUUGUUGCACUCAACACACCAUAAGGUUGACAGUAAACCUUUGCUAGGUGCCUUUCUUGCCCUAGCUGGUUGUACUUGCUAUGCAGUAUUAUUGAUUGUUCAGGCUAAGGCGGCUAAGCGAUAUCCAUGUCCUUACACAUUCACCGCUCUACUGAAUGUAAUGGCAGCAAUUCAAUGUUUUGUUGUUGCAGUAGUUGUAGAAAGAGACUGGAAUGAAUGGAAAUUGGGUUGGAACAUUAGACUUCUUGCUGCAGCAUAUACGGGGAUUUUUUGUUCUGGAGUAAUGUAUACCAUCAUUGCAUGGGUUGUCCGGAUGAAAGGCCCGGUAUAUGUAUCUGUUUUUAACCCUUUGAUGCUUAUUAUGGUUGCAAUUACUGGAUACUUGUUCUUGGGAGAGAAGUUGUUCCUUGGAAGCAUCCUUGGAUCAAUCGUCAUAGUGUGUGGACUAUACGUUGUCUUGUGGGGAAAAGAUAAAGAAAUCAAGAAACUCAGCCAGUUGGUGCCAGAUAAAGAAGAGAUUGACAUAAAAUCUUCUUCACUUAAAGGCAGUAGCCAUGGCGGUAGCUGUAAAAGGGAGGAAAAAGAAGAAGAACAAGAAGAGAAUAAGAGGGAUUCCCAGGUUGGUUCUGAAAUAUUAGGAGGUGUUUACAUUUAUCACUAGAAGAUGAAGGACUAUAUGUAUCAUCAAGAAACACCAUUUAUUCUGUAUGAUGGCCGAUAGAGGCGCGGUUUAUAAAGCUGCAGUUUUCAACAUUAGAACAAACUAGCUAAAGUUUUGUAUCGACUGUACAUGCUAUCACUAGCAAUGAACUAGCCAUUUUGAUCAUCG